ACCUACUGUGUGCCAGGCACUCUGUUAAUCAACGGUGACACAAAGAUGAAGAAGACAUUGUCCUUGGACACAAGGGGCUCACAGGAAGAGAAAUGACAUAUAAUUAGACAAUGUUAUUAACUACGUAAGGCCUAGGGAUGGAUAUGUCCAGUAUCAAUACAGAAUCAUAUACAAAGAAAUGAUAAUUGGCAUCCAAAAGUAAUUGCAAAGCAACUUCAGAUCUUAUUGUAGUCUCUUGAGAAAAAUGUCAAAGGGGGAAUUACAUAAAUGAUUUACGAGAAACCUUCCUAAAAUCCUAUUCUUCGUUUCUCCUUCCCUCCUCCUCUCUGCUAAGGGGGAUUCUGUCUUUACCUGUUAGGUUCCCAGGUCAUUCACUGUACAGUAUCAGACUAACAGGGGAAAGGUAUGCCACCUACUCCGCUAAGGCAUUUCUCACUCUGCUCUAAAGCUUCUCUCUCUCCUCUCUCCAAACUUCCUCCAGCUGUUCCCUAACCCGCACCAUCCUGGCUCUUCUCUCUUCACUUUCUCCUGCUCCCUUUUCAAACCCAACUGCUCUCAUUUGCCGGUAACUCUGCAUCCUGUCCGAAGUAAACCCAAUCACUCAAGGCUUGCCUUUCUCAGUCCUACCUUUCCUCUAUUCUUCUGAUACUGUGCCAUGAUCUGGCAACCUAACAGGCACAGACAGAAUCCAGGAGGAGAAAAAGAGACCUUGGAUACUAAUGUGUUACUAACAUUAUUUUGCUGUCAGAGAUAUAAAACAAUGUGGUAAGUGAAAUGAUACAGUUAUCUACAGAGCAGGGACAAGCCAAUCUGAUCUUAAAGGAUGACUGGGAAUUCGAAAGAAAGGAGAAGGGCAUUUCAGGCACUGCAAACAGCAUAAGCUAAGCCUCGAGAUGCGAAAUAGGCUGGGGUGAGGCAAGGGAUUGAGGGUACAGAUGGGGAAAGGAAGAGGAGUCUCUUCCCUGGAGGAAUGUUGAAAGGGGAAUAGGAGUAGAUGAAGUGGGUGAGACAUCUCCACUGGAAGGCCUUGGUCUUCCCAUCAAGGUCAUUUUGGUAAAAGGAGAGAUAGGGAAAGCUCCAGAAAAGUGAAGAAGGAUUGGUACAGUUGCCUGGGGUUACUAGACAACCAAGAAGACAUGGCCAUAGAGACCUCAGAGCCACAAAAAGUCUAGCCAGGGUGAAUUUAGAAUGGGUGUAUCAGUAUGUUUUGGAUCGAGUGAUUUGAUUUACUUCUUAGGCAAAGUUUUUUUUUUUUUUUAAUUUUUAUUUUUUAGGCCAUGCUGCGCAGCAUGCUGGAUCCUAGUUCCCUAACCAGGGAUGGAACCUGUGCCCCCUGCAGUAGAAGCAAGGAGUCUUAACCACUGGAACGCCAGGCAAGUCCCAUCUUAGGCAAAGUUUUAUAGCUGGGGGGAUUGACAGAGGGGAUGGUCGAUGCACAGUGAAGGACGGUGGCACAGCCUCUGAAACUGGUAGGCACUCAGUUCAAAUUUGUUGAGUGAUAUUCAUAAAACCCAACGGAGCAGAGAAACAAGUAUGGCCAGAGGUGACUGGGGUACAAAGUGGAGCAGGGCAGGAUGACUACGUUACACCUGCUAACCUUCCAAAUGCAGCCAUAUACGCCUUCUGGGAUGAAGUGGAAAGACAUUAGAUACAGGCAAUUGACUAGUUCGGUUCAGCAAACAUUUACUGGGUACCAGCCUCCAAAUAAGGUGCUGUGUGGACUGCCAGGAUAAGCCAGCUGCCUUCGGGUUGCUUGAAGUCUUACAAAGAUAAUUCUGCGCAAAGCAUACUUUUGUAAAGGCAGUAGUGGAGACACAAAGAAUAGCUCAGUGCUACAGAGUUUCAAUGACUAAAAGUCAGGGAAGGCUUUUGGGCAGGUAGUGUUUGGGGUAGACCUUUAGGAUGGGUGUGGAUUUGAACAUUGAUUUUAUUGGUAGGAAGGAAACUGCAAAGCACAGGGAAACUCUUGGGCAAAGAAGCAGAGGUGGGAGGGUCCCAGAGGCAUUUAGGGGAUGUGGUGAAUCUAUGUGGCUGCAGGAGUAGUUUGGUUUGUGGGGAGUUAAGCCUGGAAAGGUAUGUCUGAGUCGAUUUAUGAGCGGCUUUGAAUGUCAGGCAGAGAGAUUUGGACUUUUUCUACUGGCGAAGAUAAACAGCAGAAGAUUUUUGUAUGCAGGAAAGGGACAUGAUUCUACCAGUUUUAGACAACAGCUAAAACAGUUCAAACAUACAAGAUUAGGCACUAAAAUGGCACCUUCUGGUCCAGCUGAAGAGAAAGAGAGAUUUAAUUACAUAAUCAAAUUCAUUAACAGGGAGAAGGGGCUCUUACUUCCCAGGACCAGCCAUGACCUUCUUCCAGUUUUAUAAACAGCCUAAAAAACAAAAAACCAACUCUCCAGACUUAGAACUCUGGGAAAACAGAAGUAAAUACUGACACAGGCUUGCUCUGUUUUCCCAAGAGAGGUCUCCAAGGCGACUUCUCUAAUUAUCUAGAAAAAAAAUUUUUUUAAACUUGUUUUUCCUUUUAGAUUUCAGCCGAGCUGAGGAGAAAAACUGCAGUAUUGCCUUAGAUUCUCCAGCUUUGGUUUGGAGGCAGUAUUGGUCCCAGAGGGACUCCCUCCAAGGUCUCUGAGCGAGGUGUCUUGAGGCAUUUGUUCCCAGCAACAAGGAGGGAGCUUUGGAGACACAGGAGCUCUGCAAAGGGCUUAUUUAAAAAGAAAGGCGGGGGGCGGGACGGCCCGUUGAUCUUUUUAGGAUAAUUCCAUAGGAAAACUAACCUAGGUGAAAGCCGUACCCUCGCCUCUGGUCAGGAACUUUGGAUCAGAAAACGCUACGGCGUGACGUUCAAGGAUGGACAGUGGUUGUGCGCUCUCCCGCCGGCAUCACUUGGCAUUUAAUUCCGCCAGGCUCCCGGAGGGGAGGUUGUGACUACAGCCUAGUGCUCCGCUCAGCCAAUAAGAAGCCACAAAUCCUCGCCCGUCUCGGAUUGCGACCAAUCGACGCCCAGGACUUUAGCUAGCGAGCCGGCGACUCCGUUGUCCGAGAAAGGAGGCAAACCCCCUUGGAGUUGCCAGUAAUGGGUAUGGCUGCGGCCCCUGGAGGAGGGGACGCGAAGUGAGGAGGGGGCAGGGAGGGGAGAGGACGCAGGCGAGGAAGACUGGUCCCCGGGCCCCGAUGCUGUGACUGUGACAGAGUCACUGGGGUUCGUACAUGUUGGGGAGGAGCCUUCCUUUCGGGGGUGACCACCUUCCUCUGGGCAUGCCUGCAGUACCCUGGGCCCAUGGACCUGAAGGAGAAGCGCACGAUCCUGGGUUGACAACCCUGACGAAGGUGUCACUGGGACCAGUGAAACGACAUGGGCAUUCAUUCCUUUAUGCAGUCGGUCAGCAGGGCGAGGCCCCCUUGGCCCUGGGCCUGUCCACCCGGAAGGCCCUCAGCAUCCUGAAGGAGCAGCUGGAGGCGGUGCUGGACGGCCACCUAAAAGAACGGAAGAAAUGUCUCACAUGGAAGGAGAUGUGGAGAAGCAGCUUCCUGCACCACGGUAACCGCUGCUCCUGUUUCCACUGGCCCGGCGCCUCCCUCAUGCUCCUGGCCGUGCUGCUGCUGCUGGGCUGCUACGGGGGCCAGCCGGCUGGCAGCCCCGGGGCGGAGCUGGUGAACGCCUCUGCGCUCUUCCUCUUGCUGCUUCUCGACCUCGUCCUCAUUGGGCGGCAGGGUCGGCUGAAGCGUCGGGAGGUAGAACGGAGACUCCGAGGGAUCAUUGACCAAAUCCAAGAUGCCCUCAGGGAUGGCAAGGAGAUCAGGUGGCUAGAUGCCAUGUACCCAGACCUCCACAUGCCCUUUGCACCAUCCUGGUCCCUACACUGGGCCUACAGAGAUGGACAUCUGGUCAACCUGCCAGUUAGCCUGUUGGUAGAAGGAGACAUCAUAGCUCUGAGGCCUGGCCAAGAAUCGUUUGCUUCUCUGAGGGGGAUCAAGGAUGAUGAGCACAUCGUCCUGGAGCCGGGAGACCUGUUUCCACCUUUCUCUCCGCCCCCCUCCCCCCGGGGAGAAGUGAAGAAAGGGCCACAGAACCCCCAGCAGCACCGGCUCUUCCGCGUCCUUGAGACCCCCGUGAUCGACAACAUCAGGUGGUGCCUGGACAUGGCCCUGUCCCGCCCAGUCACCGCCCUGGACAACGAGAGGUUCACGGUGCAGUCAGUGAUGCUGCACUAUGCGGUGCCCGUGGUCCUGGCUGGCUUCCUCAUCACCAACGCCCUGCGCUUUAUGCUGAAUGGCCCUGGCGUCACGACCUGGCAGUACACCCUCCUCCAGCUGCAGGUGAAUGGCGUCCUACCCAUCCUCCCCUUGCUGUUCCCUGUCCUCUGGGUCCUGGCAACUGCCUGUGGAGAAGCCCGCGUCCUGGCCCAGAUGAGCAAGGCUUCCCCCAGCUCCCUGCUGGCCAAGUUCUCGGAGGACACUCUGAGCAGCUACACCGAAGCCGUCUCCUCUCAGGAAAUGCUGCGCUGCAUUUGGGGCCACUUCCUGCGGGUGAUCCAGGGGACGUCUCCUACGCUGAGCCACAGCUCCAGCCUGCUGCACAGCCUGGGCUCCGUCACGGUCCUGUGCUGUGUGGACAAACAGGGCAUCCUGUCGUGGCCCAACCCCAGCCCGGAGACCGUGCUGUUCUUCAGCGGAAAGGUGGAGCCCCCGCACAGCAGCCACGAGGACCUAACGGAUGGCCUGUCCACCCGCUCCUUUUGCCAUCCCGAGGUCGAGGAGGAGCCCCAUGAACUUGACGCCCUCCUGGCCGGCUCCCUGAACCCUACCCUGCACCUUUCCAACGAGCAGGAGCGUGGCACCUGGCCAGGCGACGGCCCCAAGGCCCCCGAGCCCUCCUCUCACCACAGAGCACACGGCCGCAGCAAACACCUGUCCGGCUCCAGCGUGAGCUUCAGCAGGGACACAGAGGGUGGUGAAGAAGACCCCGGCAAGACCCAGCACGGGCUGGAGGGUGAGCCCUACGAAGCCGAGGACUUCGUGUGCGACUACCACCUGGAGAUGCUGAGCCUGUCCCAGGACCAGCAGAAUCCCUCCUGCAUCCAGUUCGAUGACUCCAACUGGCAGCUCCACCUCACCUCCCUCAAGCCCCUGGGCCUCAACGUGCUGCUGAACCUGUGCAACGCCAGCGUCACCGAGCGGCUGUGCCGGUUCUCAGACCACCUGUGCAACAUCGCCCUGCAGGAGAGCCACAGCACCGUGCUGCCCGUGCACGUGCCCUGGGGCCUCUGCGAGCUCGCCCGCCUCAUUGGCUUCACUCCCGGGGCCAAGGAGCUCUUCAAGCAGGGGAACCACCUUGCGCUCUACCGCCUCCCCAGCGCCGAGACCAUGAAGGAGACCUCACUGGGGAGGCUCUCCUGUGUCACCAAGCGGCGCCCCCCGCUCAGCCACAUGAUCAGCCUCUUCAUCAAGGACACCACCACCAGCACAGAACAGAUGCUGUCCCACGGCACCGCAGACGUGGUCUUGGAGGCCUGCACAGACUUCUGGGACGGGGCCGACAUCUACCCUCUUUCGGGUUCCGACAGGAAGAAAGUGCUGGAUUUCUACCAGCGAGCCUGCCUGUCUGGUUACUGCUCGGCCUUCGCCUACAAGCCCAUGAGCUGUGCCCUGUCGUCCCAGCUCAACGGCAAGUGCAUCGAGCUGGUGCAGGCGCCCGGCCAGAGCAGCGUCUUCACCACGUGCGAGCUGCCCAGCACCAUUCCCAUCAAGCUGAGUGCCCGCCGCAGCAGCUGGAGCUCAGACGAAGGGAUCGGGGAGGUGCUGGAGAAGGAAGACUGCAUGCAGGCCCUGAGCGGGCAGAUCUUCAUGGGCAUGGUGUCCUCCCAGUACCAGGCCCGGCUGGACAUCGUGCGUCUCAUCGACGGGCUGGUCAAUGCCUGCAUCCGCUUCGUCUACUUCUCUUUGGAGGAUGAGCUCAAAAGCAAGGUGUUUGCAGAAAAGAUGGGCCUGGAGACGGGCUGGAAUUGUCACGUCUCCCUCACGCCCAAUGGUGACAUGCCCGGCUCUGAGAUCCCCCCCUCCAGCCCUAGCCACGCUGGAUCCCUGCACGAUGACCUGAAUCAGGUGUCCCGAGAUGAUGCGGAAGGGCUCCUCCUAAUGGAGGAGGAGGGUCACUCGGACCUCAUUAGCUUCCAGCCCACGGACAGCGACCUCCCCAGCUUCCUGGAGGACUGCAACCGGGCCAAGCUGCCGCGGGGCAUCCACCAGGUGCGGCCCCACCUGCAGAACAUCGACAACGUGCCCCUGCUCGUGCCCCUCUUCACCGACUGCACCCCCGAGACCAUGUGUGAGAUGAUCAAGAUCAUGCAGGAGUACGGGGAGGUGACCUGCUGCCUGGGCAGCUCUGCCAACCUGCGGAACAGCUGCCUCUUCCUCCAGAGCGAUAUCAGCAUUGCCCUGGAUCCCCUGUACCCCUCCCGCUGCUCCUGGGAGACCUUUGGCUACGCCACCAGCACCAGCAUGGCCCAGGCCUCGGACGGCCUUUCUCCUCUGCAGCUCUCGGGGCAGCUCAACAGCCUGCCCUGCUCCCUGACCUUCCGCCAGGAGGAGACCAUCAGCGUCAUCCGGCUCAUCGAGCAGGCUCGGCACGCCACCUACGGCAUUCGCAAGUGCUUCCUCUUCCUGCUGCAGUGCCAGCUGACUCUCGUGGCCAUCCAGUUCCUCUCUUGCCUCGUCCAGCUGCCGCCAAUCCUGAGCACCACCGACAUCCUGUGGCUGUCCUGCUUUUGCUACCCUCUGCUCAGGACUCCCGAAAUCCUUCCCACGUGGGAACUGGGGGACAGAGAGAGGGUCACAGUCACCACCCUUCACUGAAGUUCC